AGAGCACCUACAGGAAGCUGCAGAGGUGGACUGUAGUGACUGCAGCUUCCUGAGUGCUGAUUUUUGUUCUUUACGGGUCACACUGCGGCGUUUCUCCUCAAAAUGAGGGCACUAUAUCUGGUUUUGCUUUUUCAUGCAAGUCUUCAGCUUCAGUGUGACAAAAGAAACAUCAGAGCACAUAUUGGAGGUGAAUUCAUCCUCAUCUGCAAAUAUGAUACAAACCAUUUCCUCUACAGUAAAAAGUACUGGUGCCGAGGGAACUCCGGAAAUACUUGUGAGAUUUUGGUGGAUUCAGAAAGUGCUUCCAAAACUAAAAACACACACAGAUCUGUUAUAAUAGAUGCAGGAAGAAGAGGGCUGUUGGUGAAAGUGACAAAUCUCCAGUUUGAUGACAGUGGAGUGUACUGGGUUGGGAUUGACAAAAUCUAUGCCGACAUCAUGACUUCAGUUUCUGUGGUUGUCACUCAAGUUCCAGUAUCUAAACCCAGACUCUGGCCUUUGAGCUCUCUGGCAGACAGGUUGACAUGUUGGGGGAAGUCAGUGACUGUACGCUGUGAUAGCGAAAGGGGCACUGACAUUCAAUACGCCUGGUACCUCAAAGACAUCCUGCUGUACCACUCGUCAGACUUGAGCCUCCACUGCAGUUUAGUGGAAAAAGACAGUGAAUAUUACUGUGUUGCCAGUAAUGACAUUAACAGUGAGAACAGCGAUCUUGUCUCUGUCCAGGUUCUGAUGCCUGCAGACAGCAGCUGCAUCUAUGUGGUUAAGAUUCAGGGCCAACCCAUUUAUGACUGUGCAGACAGAAUGAGCACAACCACAGUCCAACCAACACCUCUGUCUACCUGCCAACCCACCACCAGAGUAAACUCAUCCACAAGGAACCUGACUUUACUGAUCAAUCACACUGAUCACAAUCCAUUUUUCAGAAGGACAUGGAGCGGGCUGCCACUCUGGUAUUCAUUGCUGCGCUGGAGUUCUUUUGCAUCCCUGCUGAUAAUUCUGUCUGCGACUCUUCAGUGUAUAAAAACAAGACACAGAAAACAUGCUAAGAGGAGGAAGAAAGUUUGUUUCAGGCAACAUCGUCAUCUGGCUCAGAGACCUUAGUUUACAGUGGUGGUUCUAUCAGCCUCUGUAAUGCUGGUUUUGUGUUGUUUUUUCUUUUUGCUCACCAAGGUUCCUUGAUAAAAUGUGAUAAUUCUCAUCUGUGGUGAGAAUGAGCUUAGUUCUGCUGUGGUCAACUAAAAGGGGGACUAAUAUGUGAUUAAAGUAUGAAUACUGCACAACUCAUGGGUUGUUGGUUGUGCUGCAACUUUUCACAACCUCCUGGUAAAAUCAUGAAUAUACAUUAAAUUAUGCUCCUAUUCCUAAGUUUAAAUUGAUACAGUACCAUGUUGAUCUAUUUUCUCACAUUAAUGUUUCGAGAGGUAUAGUGGAACUCAAAAAGUCAAUGUUUUUUUGUGGUGAUAUUUUCUCUGACACUGUUCAAAAUGCCCCAGUGUCCACUCACAGAUUAUCAUCAUCAUCACUGAAUACAGACCUAAUGAUCAGUGGCCUGUUUUUGUUACUGAUGUGAUCGACUCCAGCCCCGCCAUGACCCUAAUGAGGAUUAAAUGGUGUGUAGAUAAUGGAUGGAUGGAUAGUGUUCUUCAGAAGGACAGAUGAGGAGCCAAAAAACUAAUUUAAUAAUGUAAAUUUUGUAUUGCUUCAUGACCAAUGAAACACAUACACUCUUCUCUUUGAGAGUAUUUAUUUACCAUUGGAAAUUUUCAUAGCCUGUUAUAUAGUGUUUAUUUCACAUUUUUGUGAUGUUGUCUUCUCAUUAACAAUACAUGAACUGUUUUUUUCUCUCUAAUGGAGGACAACAUGUUGAAAUGCGACUUAGCUUAUAAAGUUGUGAGUAAAUGCAAUUAAAUUACACUUUUUCACAUUUUAAAUGGCAUACUACACUUAAUAAUCCUGUAUUAAGUGCAAUAUUAAGUCUUAUGUGAUAUUAAGACAAAAAGCGUUUGUUUUUGUUUUUUGGUGGUGUUUUUCAGAGCAUUUUUACUUACUGAAGAAAAACUGUAUGUUUUGUUUUCUAUAACACAAGUUCAUGAUAGUUGUGUAGUUUUGGAGUUGUUCAGUCUCAUGGGAGUGUCAGGAAAUGUACUGUCUGAAAGAUCUUCAUUUACCUACUUUAUGUAUAUAUAUAUGUAUAUAAGAUUAAAUCCUAUCAUAAAUUUCUUGCAAAACUCAAAUUGGAUAAACUUUUUAUCCUUCCAUUUUGUUAAAUGGGUAUGCAGUUUCUACCGUGUCUGUUUUCACUUAGGCUUUUCUAGCUGUUUAAAGGAACUAUGGCAGUCAGUCAACCAUAUGACUUCCUUUAAUUAUAUAUAGCAAAUCUAAUGUUAAAGAGUGAAUUAUUGAAACUUACAUUACGUACUAGAGAAACUGAGUUGAAGCUCAUAUGUUAAGGAGCUACCAAUAAUGAAGACAUUAUAAUAAGAAAUGGCAGCAUUCAACAGAUGUAUGCCGCAUUAGUAACAUAGUGACAUCUAGUGGCUUUGUGGUAAACCAACAUAAAGAGGAUUUCUGAUUGAAGAGAAGAUAUGAAACCGAGUGGCAUGUAUUCAGUUAUUUGCAGCAUAUGUCCAAACCAUAGAAACACAUGGGGUUUUAUUAGAUUCAGAAGGUGUUACCCAAACACCCACAUGUCCGUCAUAAUAGAAGAAGGAUGAAGAAAGCUACUUGGGAAAGUGACAAAUCUCCAGUUUGAUGACAGUGGAGUGUACUGGGUUGGGAUUGACUAAAUGUAUGCUGACAUCAUGUGAAAAUAUGCAUCAUUAUGGCAGUAUCAGCAACAUAUACAGUGUCUGUAAAAAGUAUUUACCUGGAAGAUUUCCCUUUUUGUUACUUUUCAACAUUGAAUCGUGUUAAGAUUUCCAAGAGGCUCAAGUGCAGGAAAUGAAAAGGCAGAGGAUUAAUGCAAUAAAGGCUGGUUUAUUUACAAAACUCAGAAUGAGAUUAACAAAGCAACAACAGAAAACGACGAUGGGAAAUGGGCGGAAGAAGAGGGAGAGGGCACUAUCUAGGCCUGGCAGCUGCCAACCUGACAAAUCAUGGUUAAUUCAAGUUGGUAUUUUGACACAAAUUUACCAAAAGAACUCUUUCAUGUCAUGAGAAAACAAGAAGUAAUGCCAAUUAACUAAAACAAAUGAAAUACAAAGCAGUAGACUGCAUAAGUAUUCAACCCCUUCAAGUCACUAUUUAGUGGAUGCACCUUUGCCAAAUUCUCAAUUGGAUUGAAAUCUUGGCUCUGACUACGCCACUCCAAAACAUAUACCUUGUUGCCUUUAAACCAUUUCUAAGUAGUUUUGCCUGCACGCUUCAAGUAAUUGUCUUGCUGGUAUUUAUAAAUAUUUUCCCAAGUCACACAGGGUUGAUCUAUACUUUGCUGCAUUCAUUUUACCCUCUACUUAUACCGCAGUUGCUUGAUAUGUAUUCACUAUCCUCAGAUGAUCUCAAUUUCACUAACUGUGCAGCUUCUAUUACUUAUUUUUACAUUUUAUAUGUUGAAUUAAUUAACAUUAAUUUGUUGACAUCUGUUCUCACUUUCAUAUGAAAUAGUCUUUUGUGUAAAUUCUUGUAAAGUUGCCAAAUUAAAUUAAUCAUGAUUUAUUUCAGAAAAGCAAAUUGUCAUUACUAUUGACUUGAGCAGUGAGAACAUGGCUCUACUUUUUUUUCCACGUUCUGUUGCCAGCAGACAGCAGCUGUAUUUAUGUUGCUGUUAAGAGUCAGUGACUGAAAAUGUUCUAGUUCUGGGUGUGGUUCUGUUUCCUCUGUGCCUGUAACUUCUCUUUUUCUUAAAUUUCUGAAAUGAUAAUCAACACAUUGUGUCAUGGUAUUUGAGCUGUUCCAUUACAUCAUUUCCUCACUUGCCGCUUAAAAAAGAGCUGUCAUGAAGGCGUGAUAGAGCAUUAAAGCAUUCACACCCUCAUCUACAAUUAUAGCUAUGGAAAAUGACCUUUUGGCCACUGCAAAU